AUGUCGCUCUUCCCAUCCAUGAGCGCUCUGAGCGCUGCGUUCGGCAAUGCGACACCCUACGCGAAGCAGCAGGCUGCUCCCCAGAAGAGAUCAAUUGCCCACCUCUACCAAUCCUGGGACGUGACGGAGGAUGCGCAGAAGAAGGCCAGCCAGCUGAGCGAAGCUGCGGCCGCGGAGAUCAACAAGGCCUCAAAUGCCGCACAGAAGCAGGUGGGACAGAUUGAGCUCUACAGCCCCAAAUAUUAUGCGACUUGGUAAGAUGAUGCCAAUGCGACGGGCAAUGCUUGGAAGCCCUGGCUGAUGAAGCCACAGCACUUUUGGUGGAUUGAUGGCUUGUGGUGCCACUCACUGGGGCGUCACACCACUCGAUCUCGUCAAAUGCCGUCGGCAAGUCGACAGCAAACUCUACAAGGGCAACGUCGAUGGCUGGAGAACUAUCGUUAGACAAGAAGGUUUCUCCGGGGUCUACACCGGUGGCAGUCCAACAUUCUUCGGAUACUCUGUACAGGGCGCGUUGAAAUACGGAUGCUAUGAGUUCUUCAAGAAGUUCUAUUCCGACAUGGCUGGAGAGGAGAAUGCGGUUCGCUAUAAGACUUGGAUCUACCUUGCUGGAUCUGCCUCCGCGGAGUUCUUUGCCGAUAUUGGACUGUGUCCGUUUGAGGCUGUCAAGGUUCGCAUGCAGACUACUAUGCCACCAUUUGCGAAAGGAACGUUCGACGGUAUUAGCAAGAUUGUCUCGGCCGAGGGUGUCUCGGGGUAAGUUUUGCAACGUUCUCGGAUUGGAGGGUACUAACGCCGUCGAGUCUCUACAAGGGCAUCGCUCCUCUCUGGGGCCGCCAAAUCCCAUACACCAUGAUGAAGUUCGCCUCCUUCGAAACGAUUGUCGAGAUGAUCUACCAUCGUCUGCCUGGCCAAAAAUCUGAUUACUCCAAGGGUGCUCAGACUGGUGUUGCUUUCACUGGUGGUUACAUCGCUGGUAUUCUCUGUGCUAUUAUCUCCCACCCGGCAGACGUCAUGGUCAGCAAGCUCAAUGCUAACCGUGCUCCUGGCGAGUCUUUCGGUGCUGCUACUUCGAGAAUCUACAAGGACAUUGGCUUUGGUGGUUUGUGGAAUGGCCUGCCCGUUCGGUGAGUAUCUGCAGUCAAGGUGGAAAUGCGAGAAGGGUGCUGACGAUUUUCUAGUAUUGUCAUGAUUGGUACCCUCACGGGUCUGCAAUGGAUGAUCUACGACUCGUUCAAGAUCUUCAUGGGUCUGCCAACGACUGGUGGCGGUGGCGAGCAGAAGAAGGAGCAGAAGUAA